UUCAAAUCGGCGCUUAGUUAAUGGAAAAUGUCGCACAGUUAUAAAACCUUCAACUUCUGGAGAGAGAGGGAGAAAGAGCGUGAGAAAACGGAAAAGUCUGAAGCGUUGGGGGUUGGAGGUAGGGCCUGCGCGUUUUCCAUUACCCCACCAUCCCACAACCCCCGGAGGAUGAGGAAAUCCUAGGAACGCCACACACGCCCGGAUUUCCUCCCCGGAGUCGUUGCCUGCGUUUCAAUCGGGGAUAAAUAAAUAAAUUUGUUGUCUACGUGCUAUAAUAAAAUCGUUAGAAAUUAUAGGCCGGUGAAAAAUGGAAAAGCCGAUCAAGGAAGAACCAGAUUUUCACAGAAAAAAUUCUAAAUUUCCAGACGACAUACCGGAAGGAGAGGUUCCCGCUCUAUCCCCAACGGAAGACCCGGAGGGUUCGGCCAAAUUUCGCAGGAUACUGCAAACAUUCGUUAACCAUGCGAGGGACCACUCCACCGACAGGGCGGAGAACGUCGUCAAGCUCAUCACCAACCUCGUCGUUGGAACGGUUAACUUCGAAGAAUUCGAGAAAUCUUUGUACGAAUUGACGAAAACCAGCCCGCGCCACUACGUCACGACCUACAUGAAAGCGUACACGCCUAUAUUUCAAAAGGAGAUGAUCCAACAGGCGCGAAACUCGAAAACGAACCUGAUAGAUUAUGUGACGAGCCAGCUCCUAGAAGACGAAGGGCAGGAGAUUCAAGCUAAAAGGAGACGGACCGACAGAGGCUACGACGACGAGCUACCUGUGCCCAAUUCGAGACCUCUUCUCGUCCCCGUGCACCCGCUCGCUUCCAGCAACCCCAGCCAAGCGAACAAAAGUAACGAAGAGCAGUGGAGGAACAUCGAUGUGAUGCUUAACUGCAUCCUGAGCAUGGUAGAAAAAACGAUAGCAGCAAUAGGAAUACUACAAGGGCGGACCGCCGAGGACCUGAUGGCCCAAACGAUCCGACUAACAGAAGACAGAGUUCAACAAGUUAAAAAGCGAGCGGAGGAGGCCGUCGCAGAGGUCAACAGGAAAGCUCUUCUGGAGCUGCAAAGGGCAGUUUCUGCAGCAGAAACAAGGGCGAGCCAACUGGCGGCGAGCGACCUCCCGAGAAGAAAUUCUGAGAAAGCGUGCAACUCGGGCCCGCACAACAGUUGCUGGAACUGCGGACGGAAAGCCGAGGAGACCUGUUCCGGCUGCAAUUUGGCCAAAUACUGCAGCUCUUUUUGCCAGCAUAAGGACUGGGAAUCUCACCACACGACUUGCAGAAAUAAGUUUAAAUAAAAUGACAGUUAACAAGUUUAACUUUAAACAUAAUUGUCAAGUGAAAAAAGGACUUGAUUUCUAUAUGUUUACGUAUAAAACAUUCCACCUGCUGUAGAGUAUAAGGAUAAUAUUGAACAGAGUCAAAAAGAAAUGUAUUCGUAAUGAUGUUUCUUAUUGUGUUUCAUGGUACCAAAUAAAUAUAGAACAAUUAUCUUCUCAAUAUACAACUCAAUGAAAAAAGUAAAUAUUAUACUUUCUAUAUUUUUUCAAUGUAUGAUGUAUAUAUCUAUCUAUUUCAAUUCGAUUUAAACGUACGA